UGUCAUUAUAUUUAUUCUGAAUGGGAAUUAAACUUAAGUUUUUGUGAUUUUCGAUCGCAUUCGCUCACAACUGCACUGAGCUAUCGAGGAUUGAUAAGAAUCUAGACAGAACUUCAAAUUAAAUUUUCUUAAACCCUACAAUUCUGUAAAGAGAUUCACAACAUCUUCAAAGUUUAAUUCUUUAAAUCAUAAGCUUAAAAUCUAUUCAAAGUAAAGUUCCGCAAUAUUUUUUAACGAGUCGAUCGUACAAAAUUCGAAUAAAGUCAAACUCGACACUAACUCCCUCUGCAAGUCAAGUCACAAAUAAGAAUCAGGUUUCGUGAUCUCACACUUAGCAGACACUGCGGCACACACAGACCUUUUUUUUGCUAUUACUUCAUUCCAUUAUUUUUCCGACUAAAGUUUUAGUUGUUAGUUAAACGUUGACGAGUCAAGUUCACAUUUAUAUCUCUUUCCAAUAUUAUUUACAUUUUUUUUUCUCUGCUUGAAACCUGUUGAUUAGUCAUAUGUUUCAAAUAAACAAAUUUUUUUAUCGCUCGACUUAAUUUUUUUUUAUAUUUGUCUCGUGAAGAAAAGGUGAAUGCAUUUUCGACUAGCGCAAUAUUUUUGACACGAGUACCGACAAAUUUGUAGGAGUGAUAAGACAUUUAAGAACAAAAAUCAAUUUUUCGUGUAAAAUUAUAAAUUAAUCGUGACGAUAUAACAAUAAAAAGGUUGGAAGAAGGAGCAAUUUAAUGCAAAAACAAGUAAAUAUAAAUGCGAAUGCCGUUAUUUGUGCCCAAAAAGUAUUUUUAUAUUUCGAGUGACGACAAGAGACCCACAAAAUAAUAACAUAUAAAAUAAAAGACGAAGAAUAAAUACUGUUUGGUUAAAAUAAAUGAAAAGAAUAAAGCAGAAAUAAUAAUAAUAAGUGAAGUGAGUGAGCGAAUACACACAGGCAAUAAAUAAAAGAUUUAAUGCCAACAACUUGUUAUGGUUCAAUUACCAGGCAUUUAAAAAAAAAGUUUCUGCUCAAUUUGGAAUAAAUAAUAUUUUUUUUUAUUAAUAUAAUCAAAAGAAAAAUCGGUAAUUUUCCUUAAUCGCGUUAUUUGCAAUAUUAUUUGUUUACCUACCUUCGUUCUGAGCUUAAUAUACAACCAGAUCAGAUUAUAACCAGACAGUUUGCGCUCGAGCAUAGCAAGAAAAUUCACAGCAUAGACCAGACCAUAAAUUGAGUACAUUUUCAUAAAAUAACGAGUAAAUAAAUAAAAAAAAAAGAUGAGUAACGAAAGACGUGGAACAAAGGCUUUGGAGUUAUGGUGUCGUCGUAUGGUUGAAGGUUACAAUGUGCGAGUAGAUAACAUGACAACGUCAUGGCGUGAUGGAUUGGCAUUUUGUGCUUUGGUCAGCAAAUGUUCGACACUCAAACAACUGCCAGAUUUGAUUCAUUUUGAUGAGCUGAAAAAGGAGGAUAUUUAUCAUAACAAUGACCUCGCUUUUCGUGUAGCCGAAGAAUAUUUGAGCAUACCUGCACUCUUAGAUCCAGCAGAUAUGGCAGCUUAUGAGAUUCCAGAUAAAUUAAGCAUUCUCACAUAUUUAUCUCAGUUCUAUCAAGUUUUUGGUGCACAAGAAAAUUUAAUAAGAUUAAGUAAACGUUCAUCAACAGAAGCAAAUAAAUCAUCAACAUCUACUCCACCUGCAAAGAUGGCACAUGUUGUACCUAGACGAGAUCCCUGCAUUAAAUGCAAUAAUCCAGUAUUUUUUGCGGAGCGACUUGUAAUUGAAGAACAUUUAUAUCAUCGCACAUGCUUUAGAUGCGCACGUUGUGAUUCUGUACUUACACUUGGCAAUUUCUAUCAAACGGAAAAAGAUAAUGAAUUCUGUUGCGAGACAUGCCCGGAUGAAGAAUUAAAGUCUAAGCGCUCGUCCAAGGUCGUUGAGUCAAAUCGCUUAUCAAUUGCACAGCGCAUUGCUCUUUUUGAAAAGUCAGAAUCAUCAAGUGUAUUGAAGAAGUCAUUAAGCGAUGAAGAAAAGUCUAAAAGUCUUAGUCGGCAAUUGCCACCGUCAACAAAUUCUCCAGCCCUCAAUUCAUUCCUUACAUCUCAAAUUAAUUCCCAAGAAAAGAAUGUUGAAACUGAUGACGAAGAUGAAAAGACAAAUGAAUCACUGUCAUCAGAUUCCGAGAGCGAUGAUGAGAAUAAACAUAAAAAUAAGGCAUCUAAAGCAUCUUCGAUAAGUGAACAAAAAUUAGAUGAUAAUAGUGUCCAUAAUAAAUCAAUAAGUAGUGACAACAAUGUCAAUUCUACCAAAGAACCUACGGAACAUGAUAAUUAUAUCAAAAAUAAUGCACAGACAACUAAUGCACAACAGCAAAGUGAAUCUCAAUUAAUAAAAGACACUUCAUCCGAUGGUGAUGUAAAUUUAGACACAAAUCAUGUAGAAGAAGAAGAUGAUAUCGAAUUAGAAUUCGAGAAAUUGGCCGAAGAGGCAAUGAUUAAUCCAGUUACUAUAACAACAUCACAUAUUAUUAACAAUAAUGAUAAACUAACCGCUUCAGCGCCACAAGAAAAGCCACAAAUUGCAGUAAUAAAAAGUGAUGAGCAUAUAGUAAAGGUUUCAGAUGAACAAACAAUUCCACACGUGGAACAAAGUUUUGUAAAUGAAAUAAAUGCAGAUGAUAAGUCACAAGAAAUAGUUGUAGAAGUAGUUAAUGAUAUUGAAACAGAACCAACAGUUGACGACGAUUUUAAAGUUGAGGAAGAAUCAGUAAAAGUCGAGGUAGAGCCCAUAAAAAAUGAAGAAGAACCAGUAAAGAUCGAUACAGAAUCAGUAACAAUAAUAGAUGCAGAAACAGUAAUAGCUCAAACAGAACCAGUUUUAAACCAAUCAGAACUAGUAAUAUCUCAAUCAGAACCAGUAAAAACAGAGUCAGAAUCAGUAACAAUAGAAUCUGAGCCUAUAACCACCGAAACACAAAUUAAUAGUACAUCAUAUCAAUAUCCCGGCGAUUUAAAUCCAUUUGGAGAUGAUGAGGAAGAAGUAGUAGAAAAAGUAAACAAAUCUGAUCAAAAAAGACCAAGUCUUAAUCCAUUCGGUAGCUGUUCUGAAGAUGAAGAGGAAGAGAAACAUUCAAGAUCCUUUGGUACACUUCAGAAGCCCCCAAGACCACCACCUCCAAGAACAUCAAUGACACUCAAAUCGGUAUCAACAAAUCCAUUUGGUUCCGAUGACGAAAAUGAUGAUGAAUCUGUGACACAUAAAAAUUCUAUAGGAAAUAAAACACCAGUUCCAACACCACGAAAGCAAUUACAUUCAAUUACACCUGAACCGAUGCCAAGGUUUAAUCACAAUUCACCUGUACAUAGUUUUAAAGGUUCAACAUCAUCAUUAGCUUCGUCAUCUGACGGAACAAUGUCAAGACGAAAGAAAAAGAAGGCACCUGCACCACCUGUACCUAAAGGUUGGUUGGAACAUAAAAUGCAGAAUGGUACGACAUCAGAAGAAGACAAGAAAAGGACAACUUUAGUGACACCGAAGAAGAAGCGACCGGCACCCACACCACCAAACUCCACUCCUAUAAAACCUUCAGUAAUUGUCUCAACAGAAUCAACAUUAUACUUAACAACAAGUGAACCACCUACAGAAGAUAAUAACUCAUCAGAAAUAAUUGAAAAUCAUGAUAGUGUAAUAAGCUAUGGCACUGAAUUAGACUCAAUUAACACUAACGAUAGUUUAGAUCAUGACGGCGAUCAUCGUCGUUUAAUUCCAUUGGAAGAAUCACUUGUAGAAGAAAAUUCUGUUAGCCAAAAUAAUAGCCAUGUUGAAACACAAGAAGUGACAUAUCGUAGAAAAAUUGUACCACUUUCGCCAACAUCGCCCGAUGAAUGUGAAAAUUUGGAGCAAAUGAAAGAUCAUAAAGAAGCUGAAAAUAGACAUCGACAAAGUCAGAGUUCCCUAAAAGCAGAAUCUGUUGAUUCCUUGCCAUAUUUAAAUAAAUCAUCACAUGGAAAAUGGAAAAGAAGAAAAGGUCCAGCACCGUCAUUGCCUGGUUUUGCCAUUCCACAAAGACGAGUCUUACAAAUGUUGCCAUUACAGGAAAUUCGCCAUGAGUUGGAAGUAAUUGAAGUGCAGCAGCAAGGACUCGAGAAACAAGGUGUCAUGCUUGAAAAAAUGAUUCGUGAGAGGUGUGAAGGUGUAGGAGACAAUAGAACAACAGAAGAACUUCUUGAAUCGCUUCCAAGUGGAAAUACAAAAAAUCCAAAGGAAGUUGAAGAGCUCAUUCUUCAAUUAUUUGAAUUAGUUAAUGAAAAGAAUGAAUUGUUCAGACGGCAAGCUGAGUUAAUGUAUUUAAGACGAGCACAUCGUCUCGAAGAAGAGCAAGCUGACGUUGAAUAUGAAAUUCGUACAUUAAUGGCGCAGUCAGAGCAAAACAAAACAGAUUCAGAUAAGGCAAAGGAAGAUGCUCUUAUAGCCAGAUUAGUAGAAAUUGUUCAAUUGAGAAAUGAAGUCGUUGAUUGUCUUGAAAUGGAUAGAUUGAGGGAGGCAGAGGAAGAUUUAAGCAUUAAGCAACGAAUGGAAAGCCAUACAGCUAAACUUGAUCAGGAAUAUUUGAAUCAAACUCCAACAAAAUUAUCUAAAAAAGAGAAAAAGAAACUGAAGGAAGCAAAGAAAAUGAAGAACAAGAAGCUAAACGAUGCCGAUAAAGACUUGGAUACCAGUGAAAUAAAGCCAGAAACAACAGAAAAGAAGAAAAAGAAGAAGAAAUUUUUAUUUUAAGCUUCACCUGAAUAUCAUCAAGUUAAUUAUGCCAAUCAGCAACAAAAGCUUCAAAAUGCUUUUAAAAAAAAUGUUAGUAAAUUUAUUCAUGGCAACAUAGAGUAUUUAAAAUCAACCAACUUUGUUUUGGAAUGAACCACACAGUUUUUGGACAGACUUUUGUAUAAUGCCUUAAUGAUGUUAUUUGAAAUAACUGACUACGCAAAUUCAAUUUAUUUUGGCAAUAUUUGUGAUAAAGAAUUGAUGAAAAAGUAUUUACGCGACAUUAAAUGCAGCAAUAAGUUUUCAAAAAUAAAGGAAUUAAUUAAUUCGCAAUUAGUGGCUUAAAAAAUCAUUUUGAAUGGAUAUAAAAAAAAGACAUUUUAUAGUUUAUUAUCAUGCCCAUAUUUAAAUCUUAAUUAUCAUAUUUUCUUAUAUUUAGCAUCUAAUAAGCAGUGCAUGAAAAAUAUUGAAUGGCUAAUGUGAGACACUUAAUAGUUUAAUUAAUUAAUAUUUUUCACGUGCUAUUUUUGUAAAUUUUAAUCAUCAAAAUCCUAAUAAAGAUAUGCAAAAAAAAAAUUAUUUGUUUCUAUUAACUCUAAAGUACUUCCAGCCAUAACAACCUUUACUUACAUCACUUAAUUCUUUUAUUAAUAUUAGGUAUUGUAAAUGCCAACAGACCACCGGAUAUGGAUAAUACAGCAGGUAAUAACCAUGUAUAAAAGCAAUAAUUUUUGAUCAUUAAUCCAACAAAAUUGGAUCCACUAAAACUUCCGAUACGUCCAAACAUUAAUGAUAUUGAAACAGCCAUUGCUCUUAAAGUUGUUGGAUAUAAUUCUACUGUUGAUGCAUUAACGAUACUCAUGUUGACAUUUGCAAUCAAUAAUAGGAAAUAAAGGUAAAUUGAUACUCUUGGAUAUUCUAUGAACAUAAUCAAUAUGCUUGAUAUCCCACCAGCAAACAAAAUUGUUGCAAUAAUGACAAGCUUUCCUGUUCUAUUGAUAAUUAGUGAAGUAACCAGCCACAAUAUGCUAAAUAAUGAUGUCAACAGUGUGACAUUAAUAAGAGUACUAGCUUCCAAUGUGCUAAUACAAUUAUCAACAAUUGAGCUUAUAUUUGCAUCUUUAUCAAAAUUUCCAAGAACUUCACAGACCGUGUUUGUUUGUGAUGGAUUGUUGUUCAAAUAAAUAGAAACUUUAUUAAGUAUCUCAGGAAAGAACGUGUAAAAGCCAUUGCUAGCUACACACAGUCCAAAUUGCAAAUAGCAUGCUGUUAAUGUAUUUUUAAGAUGUGGAUGUUUGAAUAGAGGAACUGUUUGGUACCAAAUGAAUUUAAAGAAUCCUUUAGAUCUAUUUUCAUUGCCUCUUGAAAAUUCAGAAUCUUUUUCAAUAGUUUUGACUUCAAAAUCCUCAAUUGGCUUGCCUGUAUUAAAUUUGUAAAUUUUCUGAAUAAUCUUCAUUGUUCGGGCUUCGUCGCCUUGUGAGUAUGUAUAUUUUGGAGAUUCAGGAAUUAAAAUCAUUAAAGCAAUUGCUGAAAUCACACUUGGAACUCCACACAUAAGGAGAUAUAAUCUCCAUGUUCCAUAAUUUAUGUCUAAGAGUGGAAUAUAGAUUGACCAAUUUACUUGAUUUAUAAAAAUGAAAGCAUUAAGAGGACUUAAUAAUCCAAAG